UGCGCAUGCGCGGCACAGUGAGUCAGGAGUCUCCGCUUGGCACCCGCCAGAGGCCUUCUCCUCACCACCUCACCUCACCACCCUCACCUCACCACCCUCACCUCACCACCUCCUCACCCUCCUCACCACCUCCUCCACCGUCACCUCGUCGUCGGCUCGCGCAAGGCCGCUCGCCAUGCUCAUCACGCUCAAGACGCUGCAGCAGCAGACAUUCAGGGUGGACGCCGACCCCGAUGAGACGGUGAAGGGCUUCAAGGAGAAGAUCGAGGCAGAGAAGGGAGCAGACGCCUUCCCGGCCUCGGGGCUCAAGUUAAUUUACGCAGGCAAGAUCCUGAACGACGAGUCGACGCUCAGGGAGUACAAGAUCGACGACAAGAACUUCGUGGUCGUCAUGGUGGGCAAGGGCGCGGCAGGAGCUCAGACCAGCGGUGCCACCAGCAGCAGCACCAGCAGCAGCGCCGCCGCCGCUGCACCCCCGCCGCCACGCAGGAACCAGCGGCGCCAGCCCCGUGGCGGCCGCACCGCCCGCCAGCCGGCCCUCCGCGGAGGCCGGCGCCGCGCCAGCAACACAGCCCGCGCCCAGCUGGGGCAUGACAGGCCAGGCCUACGAAACAUGGUGCAGGAGAUGGUGCUCAUGGGCUACGAGCGCGAGCGCGUCGUGGCGGCGCUGCGCUCCAGCUUCAACAACCCCGACCGCGCCGUCGAGUACCUCCUCACGGGCAUGCAGGAAGGCGAGGGGCUGGCUGCAGACGCUCCCGCUGAGAGCCAGCAGCAGCGGCAGCAGCAGCGGCAGGCGGCUUCCGCGCCCAGCGCCCCGGCCGCCUCGGGCACCACCAGCAGCAGCAGCACGGCGAGUACCGGUGGCACCGCGUCGCAGGGCUCCAGAUCCGGCAACCCGCUGGAGUACCUGCGGAACCAGGCACAGUUCCGCUACAUGCGGCGCGCCGUGCAGCAGAACCCCGGCCUGCUGCCCGCCCUGCUGCAGGAGCUGGGCGUCCAGAACCCUCAGCUGCUUGCGGAGAUCAGCCAGUACCAGGAGGAGUUCAUCCACAUGCUCAACGAGCCGGGCGAGGAGGGCGCCGAGGAGCCCGGCGCCGACGAGCCGGGCGCAGACCGGCCGCAGGUCAUCCAGGUCACGCCCGACGAGAUGGACGCCAUCGAGAGGCUCAUGGGCCUGGGCUUUGAGCGGCGCCUGGCGAUGGAGGCCUACUUUGCCUGCGACAAGAACGAGAACCUGGCGGCAAACUUCCUCCUACAGCACAUCGUGGACGACGACUGAGUCCACCAUCGCCCCUCCC